AUGGAUCAUUACCAGCAUAAAUCUGGUGCUCAAAAAAGAAAAGAAAAGAUUGCUCGAGAAAAAUCAGCCAAGAAGGGUCAAAGUACGAUUGAGUCUUUCGGAUUUAUAAAUUGUAAUCGUAUUGAUGGUGUUUCUGAGGAUCAGAUGUGCAAGAUGAAGUCACAACUCUCAAAUGUUGAAGUAGAGCCAGUGCCAAUUGAGGAAGAUGAAUUGUUAAAUAGGAAAGUUAUGAGUGCUGAUGUGAAAGAGAAUGUAAUAGACGAAAAUGAAAAUAUUCUUCCAAAGACAUCAACUGCAAGGCUAGAAGAAUUACAAGACAAGGCAGAUGAUGUCCAACUAGUUCCAUCAAAUAACUAUGAUAUUGGUUUAAUUAAGGAAUUAUUUUGCACUGCUGAACAAAUAGAAAAAUUUGUUCAUUAUAGACCCAUUGCUUACCCAACAAAAUUUCCAAAAGAUGCAUUGCCUAAAUCAUUUCCGCGCACGUUAUUUCACAUUGCCAUGCCAAACGGCGAAAAAGUUCAACGAGAUUGGCUAACGUGGAGUGAGACGAAGAAUGCACUUUACUGUUUUCCCUGCCGACUUUUCUCUAAAAUGCCAGAAACCCAUCGAUCGGCAUUAUCUCUGCCAACAGGAUAUUCCAAGCCCAAGGACAAUAAAUGGAAGAAACUUUAUGAAAAAAUUCCUCAUGAUCAAUCCAGCACUGGGCAUAAGAUGUGUUAUACAGAAGUGGAAAGAUGGAGGCAAAUACUUCGUAGAGUAUUAAAUGUUAUCUUGUUUUUAGGUGAAAGAGGUCUUGCAUUUAGAGGCGAUAGUCAUCUAAUUGGUGACCCCAAAAAUGGGAAUUUUUUGGGAAUUAUGGAACUCAUUGGUCUUUACGAUUCCAUUCUACAUGAUCAUCUUGAAAAAGUAAAAGCUUCUCAACAGAGCCAUAAGCGAAUGCAAGCACAUUAUUUGUCAAAUGAUAUCCAGAAUGAGUUUAUUCAGUGCUGUGCAGAUCAAGUCACAGAUGUGAUAUUAGAUGAGAGGGAGAAAUGCAAAUAUUUUUCAAUGAUUGUGUAUGCAACGCCUGAUACAGAUCAUAUUGAGCAAAAUGUUUUUAUUUUAAGAUACGUCUUACAAAACAAAUUGACAGGAAAAUAUGAGGUAAAAGAGAGAUUUCUGGAAUUUGUAGAUUGCAAUAAAAAAACUGGUGAAGAUAUUGCAAAUAUAAUUACUUCUACACUUCAGAAACAUAAAAUACCACUGAUGUGCUGUCGUGGACAAGGAUACGACAAUGGGAGUAAUAUGAAAUGUUCAGUCAAGGCUGCACAAGCUCGAAUUCUUCAACAUUAUCCACUUGCUACUUACUCUCCCUGUGCUUGUCAUAGUCUGAAUUUAUGCGGUGCACAAGCUGCUGAAUGUUGUCCUCAAGUGAUAACUUUCUUUGGGAUAGUGCAAAAACUGUAUAACAUAUUUAGUAGCAGUCCUCAAAGAUGGGAAAUUAAAAAAAAAAAUAUUGGUUCGUCUUUUCAUAUCAUGUCCCAAACGCGCUGGUCAGCUAGAAUGGACUGCAUUAAGUCAUUCGCAACCCACCUUCCUGGUAUAAUCAAAUCAGUAGCUGAUAUAAGGAACCUAAAUUUGUCUAUAGAAAAUCGUGCUGAUCUAAAUGGGAUUAUUUCAUAUAUGGAAUCGUUUGAAUGCAUUCUGAUGUCCGCUAUAUGGUUCAAAGUACUUACUGCUAUCAAUUACACCAAUCUUGUUUUGCAAGCACGGAAUGCUACAUUGGAUGUAGAAGUGACCAACAUCAAACGACUAAUUGAUGAAUUAAAAACUCUUUGA